AUGGCAGGAAUCCACAGGCUGCUCACUCGAGUUCCGUUGAUAUCGGCCACCCACAGAGGCCCUGUGGUGAACUUGGUCGCAUGGAUCACGGUGACAACCAUGUGUCUGGCAGUUCUCACUGUCUUGACUAGUAAAUUGGUGGUGUUAAGGAGACUGGUAUGGAACGAUUCUAUUCUUAUUACGGGAAUGGUGCUCUCCAUUGGAUUUACCGUCGCAGUCAACCAGCAAGUCAGUGGAGGAUUGGGAUCUGAGAUCUCGACCUUGGGCGUUGACCAGUACGACAAAUUCCAAAAGGCGGGAUAUGCCUGGAACAUCCUCUAUGUCACCAGUCUAUCCUUUGGCAAGACCUCGACGUUAUCCUUACUCCUUGCUCUGUCGCCGAACAAGUCUUACCGCAUUCCGAUGCUGGUGACGGGCGGCUUGACGGUGGCGUGGGCAGUUGCAUCGAUCAUCGCCAGUGCAUUCCAAUGCUCACUCCCCCACCCGUAUCUGAUCGCAACGAACAAGUGCUUUGACCAGGAGGGCUUUUGGGACGCUGUGGGAGUGAUCGACAUCAUUAUCGACGUGGCACUUAUGGCCAUACCGAUAUGGCUGGUGCACAAUCUCCAGCUGCCCAUGAAGAAGAAAGCCGCCGUGUGUUUCGCCUUUUCGUUCCGCACGCUGGCUAUUGCCUGCACGAUCUGGCGCAUCAGUGAAAUGCGCCACUUUUUCGACCGCAGCGCAGAUGUCCCCUUCGAGAGCUGGCUACCCACGAUCGCGACUAUCCUGGAAGUCUUCUUCAGCAUAUUCUCGGCAUGCGUCCCGCAUCUCCGACCCUUCAUGGAAUCCAUCCAAGCAGGCUACCUCUCUGGCGUAAUUCAAGAAGGGGACGGGCGCUUCGGCUACGGCAACGACAGCUACUUGAUGGGCAAGAUGGCGGCGAGCAAGACCGGGUCGGCACUUAGAAGCAAUGCGCUGAAAAGCGAGCUGCGUGGCGAGAGUCUUGAUCUGCCACGCCAGGGAGCCACGAUCGGGUCGAUGAAUGAUGCGACCAGUCAUGGCAUUGGGCAAGCCCUAACGAGCAGCAACCGCAUCGUGGUGAACAAAAUUUCGACGGGCAGGGCGGAGAAGGAAUUUGGCUCUGAGAGGCAUCGCAGCGAGAGCAUCAACUCUGACGGAGGCAGGAGCCACGGCAGUGACGGGAGCAAGGCCAUGAUCAUCAAGACAACCAAGGAAUGGAGCGUCAGUUAUCAGGACGUCUGA